AGGAAAUUAAACAAAAAAAUCUCCCUCUCGUCUCGUCUCGUCUCGUCUCAAAUACUCAACCCCACAGGCAACACAGUAUAGUCCCAACCGUCGCUGCUUUUCUCCAUAUUCCCACUGUCAAAGCCGAAGCCCCUUCCAUUUUCCCCCUUCCUUCUUCUCCUUCCCUUCCUCUCCUCUCCCUUCCUUUCCCACCAAGCAAACCCCCAACCAACUUUCCUUCCCGAAUCCCCAUCCGUCGCAUGUAUUCACCACCUCGACUACUUCAUCUCCAACCAUACCCAUCUUCCACUUCCUAACCCAGCCAUUACCCCCAAAUGAAUCCCCCCACCACCUCUCUUUCAUCGCCACCCUCCUCCUCCUCCUCCUCUUCUUCUUCCCCACAAACCCUCCUCGCCCUCAUCAACAACAUGCUCUCCAUCCUCCUCCUCUCCUCCCUUACCAUCAAAUCCUUCACCGGUCGCUGGCAGGUUAUCCACUCCAAGCUCACCUCCCUCCGUUCCUCUCUCUCCUCCCUCUCCUCCUCCCCUCACUGGUCAGAAAACCCUCUUCUCCAGUCUCUCCUCCCCUCCCUUCUCUCUACUCUUCAGCGCCUCAGCUCCCUCUCCGACUGUUGCUCCCUCUCCUCCUUCUCCGGCGGCAAGCUCCUCAUGCAGAGUGACAUCGACAUGGCUUCCGCUUCUCUCUCCCACUCCCUUCACGACCUCGACUUGCUCCUCAGAUCCGGUGUCCUCCACCAAUCCAACGCCAUCGUUCUCUCUCACCCGGGCCCCUGCUCUUCCAAAGAUGAAUUGUCCUUCUUUACCAGAGAUCUUUUUACCAGGUUACAAAUCGGAGGAAUCGAGUGUAAGACAAAGGCUUUGGAAUCCUUGCUUCAACUUCUCUCCGACGAUGAGAAAUCCGCCAGUUUGGUUGCCAAAGAGGGAAACGUGGGGUAUCUGAUUCACCUGCUGGACUUCAACAACUAUGGCCAGAACUCGAUCCGAGAACAUGCUACGGCGGCCAUAUCAGUGCUCGCCUCUGCAAACGACGAGUCAAGGAAGUGCGUGUUCGAAGAAGGUGGUCUGGGGCCUUUGUUGCGGAUUCUGGAGACUGGGUCAAUGGUCCUUAAAGAGAGAGCUUCGGCUGCGGUAGAGGCCAUCACCGCAGAUCCCGAGAAUGCGUGGGCCGUAUCGGCGUACGGUGGCGUUGCGGUCCUCAUCGAAGCCUGUCGAUCUGGGUCUCUAGUGACUCAGACGCACGCUGUGGGUGCGAUUAGAAACGUGGCUAAUGUGGAAGACAUCAAGAACUCUCUAGCAGAGGAAGGAGCGGUACCUGUACUAAUUCAAGUAUUAGGCUCGGGCGCCACAAGCUCCGCGCAAGAAAAGGCUGCGAAUUGCCUAGCCAUAUUGGCCUCUUCCGGCGAAUAUUUUCGCGCAUUGAUAGUACAACAACGCGGAUUGCAGAGAUUAAUGCAUUUGAUGCAAGAGGUCUCAAACUCGGACACACUGGAACCCGUUCUGCGGGCUAUAAGCUCUCUUUCCGGAUUAGAUCCCUCGGCUCGGCUUCUGUCUUCAUCGACCACAUUCAUUAUACAGUUAGGCGAAUUUGUCAAGCACGGGAACGUUGUCCUGCAGCAAAUAUCGGCGUCUUUGCUGGCCAGUUUAUCAAUCAGCGACGGUAACAAGCGAGCCAUUGGUGGUUGCAUGGGUUCCUUGGUGAAGCUAAUGGAGUCGCCUAAGCCGGUGGGAUUACAAGAGUCUGCGGCGGAGGCGCUGGUGUCCCUGUUGACAGUAAGAUCGAACAGGAAAGAGUUGGUGAGGGACGAGAAGAGCGUGAUGAGGCUGGUGCAGAUGCUGGACCCGAAGAACGAGGCGGUGUAUAGCAAGAAGUUUCCGGUGAUGGUGGUGGCGGCGACGGUGGGAGGAGGAAGCAGCCACGGGUGUAGAAAGAGGCUGGUGGCAGCUGGUGCUCACCACCACUUGCAUAGGCUGGCGGAGAUGAAGGUUGCCGGUGCCCACAAGGCCUUGCAGAGACUUUCCGGCAAUAGGAUCAUCAACACCAUCCUCGGAAGGACUUGGAGGGAAUAAGCAACAAAGUAACUAACCCCACCCGCCAAAAAAAGGAGAACUUGAGGGUUGCAUCAUCAUGAUGCAUAUUGAUUGACAUGGAUGUGGUUUUUAUUUAUUUAUUUAGGGUAGAAUCGAGCAUCAUUUGCAACCUAUAGUACCUAACCCCAAAGCCCAAAGCUUUAGGAGCUCCAGAUCUCACUUUUUUUCCCUCUGUUUUUUGAGUAUGGCGUCCCUACCAUUGCAAUGGGUAAUGGGAAGCAAUGGCAAUGAUGGAAGUCUUUUGUUUUUGUGAUUCUGAGUUGGCCCUUUCAUCAGAUUUGGUGAUGGUGAUCAGAUCCCUAGCUCUCCUAAUGCUUUUUUCUUUUCUUUUCUUUUCUUUCCUUGUAUAAUGCAAUUGGGUCCCUUUUUUCUGAUGCUUGUUUGAGUGUGCAUGAUGAUCAAAGAAGCUCAUGCCCACCAAAGGCCUGAGCUUUACUUUUACACCAAUCCAAUCCAGUUUGCAAUUAUACCUGCUUGAGCUUCAUGCUUUCAUAAUCAAUGACAUACCAUAAGAUUUUUGGGAGUAGAAUGUUGACUGUAGAAGCUUCAUUCUUUACGAGAGACGUUUGGGAUUAAAUAAGUAAAUAUAUGUUGUUGGGCAGAGUGUGUGUCCCUUUGAUUUUUGAGAAUCUGGAAAAGGACACAAAGGAGAGAAGCAUUGGGAAGUAGGGAGGAAGCCUCGGCGCAGAUGGAGGUAAGGAAAGGAUGCUAA